AUGACCGCUGCGUCGACCGGCAGCAGUCAACCAUCGACGGCUGGCUCCUAUUCGGUCAGAGAGAUCAUCGACAGAUACGAGUCAGAAGAAGAUGAUUUCCUGCGAGAGCUUGAAGAAAUGCGAGCAUCGCUACAAAAUAACGAGCAAGAGGAGGAAGCAGUGCCACAAGAUCCUGCACCUAUUCUUAGUGUUUUAUGCAGUCUAGUGGAUGAAAUUGGCUCGUUGAGAACGGAAAAUCGAAGACUCAAAACGAGACUUGCACCGCCUCCUAGAUCCAAGAAUGUUGUUCAACGAGUAUCGGCCAUAUUCGACUCACGCACAAAUAUUUUUCCCCGUUUGCGACGAUCUGGUCAUGCUGAAAUUCGCACUGGAGCACGAGAUCGGCUUACCACACCUCCUAGGAAGGAUCCUCUCACCGCAUCCUCAAUCUCUACGGAUUUUUCGCAGGGCUCUAGCGGUACACGAGCUCCUCCUUUGGUAAAACCAGAGCUUAGCGAUAGCGAAGCAGACGAGCAUUACCCUAAGAUUGAACGUCGAAAUCGACGAACAGCUGCGCGUCGGUGUGACAUGUCUAUGUCUGAAUGUACUUCGCCAUCAUCAGCUUCGUCGAGCCGAGACGCAAGCGAAGGAAUGACCUCCAGUCGCUCAUCCUUCCUCGAACUGAUCGGUUUCCGAAAACGAAAUGUGGCCGUGUCGGCCACGUCGCUGCUUCCAGCGGCGACGAAGCCGAUUUUGAAGAAAAGGCACAGAAGGGUGUCCGAGGACGAGGCAAAUGCGAUGUAUUCUAACAUAGAAAGCCUACUUCGAGUUGAUCGCGAGACUCGACUCAGGCACGAAAAGGAAAGUCUUGAAGCGGAAAUCGAGGAGUUAAAGAUGCGAAAUCAACGUCUUGUCGAGCAGCUUCGCGAGAAAAGCGUACAGUUUAGCAAAUUACAGUUCCAUACACAGAAACUGGAUGAGCAGAUAGAUGCUUUAAGCCAAAGAUGCGCGAUGAACGCUGCUCUGGACAAAUUGACUCUGGACGAACGCCUUGUCAGAGGGCCUAUGACUGCCCUAGAAAAGAUUGAACAACGUCUUCGAAAAUUCCAGAGUCAAGUGCAAAGCAUCAAGCUCGAUGCUGCAAAUAUUCAGCAAAAGACAUUGAAUGGGUUGGCACAGGAACGAAGCGCUCAUCAGGCAUGCCUCGAACGUCUCGAAAAUCUUCAACGAGAGAACUUUGCUCUAAUGCAGAGUCGAUAUCUAGAAUCCGGCUGUGAUGAUGCCGUUUGGCAACGAAAAAUAGACGCAUUGCCAUUGUACGAAACAUUGUACUCCUUCACACAGAAUACUGUACGAAAAUAUUCCGAUUUGAAAUGGGCGCUAAUAGAUCGGGAGCGGGAAGCGAUCCGCGCUGAGCUCGAUCUAAUAGCUGCUCAAUCUUCAUUACUUGUUACGCAUGCUCAGAACGAAAGGCUACGCAUAAGGCUAGGAGAAACUCGUCCAAAGCGCCCUGCCUCAUUCCAUGGCGAAGAUUUGACUAAUAGAAUGGCCAAGAGAGAAAUGAACUUCUUCUUGCCCUUCAAACUUCAAGGUUCCCGAAUAGAAAACUCCAGAAGAAUCCUGACGAAGAAGACUGUUGACUGUGAAAAAGACCUUGAAAGCGAGUUCCUGACAAUGUUUGCUAAUGGAAGAAAUGCAACACAUUCAAACGCUCAGGAAAAACCUUAUGCCACUUCACGAAUUGAACAUAUGAUGAGAGAGAUGUCCUUCAAUAACAAGUCGAGAAAAAUGCCGCCACCAGCGUAUAUUCGCGAAAAGCCGCGAAAUUCUUCUAACAGACCCAUGAGCCUGAUCGAAGUUGAAGAACAACGUCGUCUCAAACGUUUUGAAGAAACAAGGAGAAGCAUUAAGAUUAGAAAACAACCCAGUGCGGAAAGCUAUAGCAAGAGACCAAUCGACACCGGACAAUUUCCAACUUCUUCGCUUCAAGAACUACCUUUUCAAAGUCCCAACUCUACACCAGUAAUGAUACGAAAAUUUGCGGAAAAACCACCGCAGCAUAGAGCAUAUGACCAACUUCCGGACAUGCAACGCGUUGAUAGAUUACGCAGACUUGAAAGAGGCUACAGUAUGGAUAAUCACGAUCGACCAACUUAUGCGGAAGACGUGCGGAAGCAAAGUGACGAACGAAGGAAAGAAGACGUACGCGCAUCUGUCGGAGAUGCUGAAAGACGGACUUCGAAGAUCCAACGAUCCCAACCUGUUCAUCUCACUCGAAUCAGACCGCCAUCGCAGUUGGCGCAAAGAAAAGUGAAGACCCUCGAAUCUCCUCGAAUGGAGUGUCGACCCCAGGAACGGCAUCCUGUAAUGGAUAUUUUGGACCCACCAAGACCUAAUUGUAGCCCUCCGCCAUGUCCUCCCACGAGUCGACUUCCUAAACCCGAUAAAAAGUCUUGGCUCGAUAAGAUUCGAAACAUGAAGAAGAGCUGA